GAGUCAUUGGGCGCAAAUUUCAACGACUGACCCGACCGACGACGCAAAUGAGCUCAUCUCGGAUUUUAAAAGGACUGUUUUUUGUUUUGUUUUUUAACUUCUCCGCUCCCCCUCGUUGCGCACGCCACUUGCUGCGGUCCUCGUACGCAAGCUGUUUAUGGCCAGCACUACUUCCGGGUUCGAGCACACACACACACACACACACACACAAACACACGCUCGCUCGUCUCGCCGUAUACACGCCGCACGUCUCCUUUAAGAAAAGCCCCAAGCCAGAAUGAUGAACCCUCCUCCUCCUCUUCUUCUUCGUCCACCACCUCCUCCUCCUUCUCCUCUUGAGCUCUUCCACACGUCUUUGCAUAAGUAAAUCAAGCCGCGGGAGGGAGAGCGGGCAGCCAGCAGCCAGCGUAGCCAGGGAGAGACGCUUCCUUCCCGGCCGUGAGCGGGAGCGCCGAGCCGGUGUUCGUGCGCGCCAAGGAGGAGGAACGCCACAGACGAGCGAGCAACGUCGGGCACGCGGGGAACCAUAAAACCGACCAUGACAACCACCGGGUGUCUUCUAAGGCUUUGAAUUUGUUUUUAAUUUUGUCGGGGUGGGGGGGAACUCGGAGCGAGAAGGAGAGCCGCGGAACGACUCUCCUCUGCCGGGUCAACUUGGCCGGCAACGCGGUGACUGGCCCGAGGGGAAAAAAAGAGCCCCGAAACGACAAACCCGAAGGAUUUUCCUUUGCUGUUAUUUUCCUUUUUUUUUUUUUUUUUUUUUUUUUAAAUGUAAGCCCCCCCCCCACCCCCAUUUUCAUUUUUGUUUGGAUUUGCUAAUUUGCCGUGCAAGGCUGGCUUCCGAACGGAUUUAAGUGGGACUUGAAUCACGAACGGCGGGCAGCGAGGAGGCUUAUGGCGCAAAGGUACGAAGACUUGCCCCACUACGGGAUGGACGGGGUGGGCAUCCCGACCACCAUGUACGGAGACCCGCACGGCGCGCGCUCCAUGCAGGCCGUGCAUCUUAACCACGGGCCCCAGCUGCACUCGCACCAGUACCCGCACACGGCGCACACCAACACCAUGCCUCCCAGCAUGGGCUCGUCGGUCAACGACGCGCUCAAGAGGGACAAGGACGCCAUAUACGGACACCCCCUGUUCCCACUGCUUGCACUGAUUUUCGAGAAAUGUGAAUUAGCGACGUGCACCCCUAGAGAGCCCGGCGUGGCGGGAGGGGACGUGUGCUCGUCGGAGUCUUUCAACGAAGACAUCGCUGUGUUUGCCAAACAGAUUCGCGCAGAAAAACCUUUAUUUUCAUCAAAUCCAGAAUUGGAUAAUCUGAUGAUUCAAGCCAUUCAGGUGUUACGGUUUCAUCUGCUGGAGCUGGAAAAGGUCCACGAGUUGUGCGACAACUUCUGCCACCGCUACAUCAGCUGCUUGAAGGGCAAAAUGCCCAUCGACCUGGUCAUCGACGAUCGCGAGGGGGGCUCGAAGUCGGACAGCGAAGAGAUCACGCGCUCCUCGGUGGCCCUCGACCAGACGUCCUGGAACCGGGACCACGACGACACGGCGUCCACGCGUUCGGGGGGCACGCCGGGCCCGUCCAGCGGCGGCCACACGUCGCACAGCGGCGACAACAGCAGCGAGCAAGGCGACGGCUUGGACAACAGCGUGGCCUCGCCGAGCACGGGCGACGACGACGAUCCGGAUAAGGAAAAGAAGCGCAACAAGAAGAGGGGCAUCUUCCCCAAGGUGGCCACCAACAUCAUGAGGGCGUGGCUCUUCCAGCAUCUAACGCAUCCGUACCCAUCAGAGGAACAGAAAAAGCAACUGGCACAAGACACGGGCCUCACCAUCCUACAAGUCAACAACUGGUUCAUCAACGCUAGGAGGAGAAUAGUGCAGCCCAUGAUCGACCAGUCCAACCGUGCAGUAAGUCAAGGAGCUCCCUAUAAUCCAGAUGGUCAGCCGAUGGGGGGCUUCGUCAUGGACGGCCAACAGCACAUGGGAAUCAGACCACCUGGACCAAUGGGCGGAAUGGGAAUGAACAUGGGCAUGGAAGGUCAGUGGCAUUAUAUGUAGCCCCGCCUCCCCCCCCCGGGGCCGACCAAUCGCAACACCAAGGCGAACGACUGGCGGGUCCAGCAGGAGGUCCCCGUCACGCAGCGGCGUCUGUCCGGAUUUAAGGGGACGGGUUUCCCCUCCAUCCCGACCACCUUCCUGCGCACUUCCGAGACCCCUCCCGAUUCCUUAUUAUAACCCGGCCGGUCAUCGAGACGCCGGCCGGCGUGAACCGAACCGGACCGCCCCCAGAUGGACCGGAACCCCCUUCGCCAACGGUUUUGGAACUCGUUUGAGACUCGCCGUGUCGCUCUUCUUCUUCGGGGACGACCGCGAGGCGAAGGCGAGCGAGGACCAGCCAAUGUCUGUAAAACCCGAAAAGGACGUGUAAGCAACCAAAAAAAAAAAAAAAGGUGUCUGGUUGAUUUUAAAAAAAAAAAAAAAAAAACGGAAAAAACGAACAAUCCAUCUAAACACAGCUGAGGGAAAGACAUGAAAAGUAUGAAACCGUAUAUGGAGCCGGUUGUUUGGGAAGCAAGCGGAGAGAAGAAAUCAUGUGUCAAGUGAUGCUGGACUCUCACAAGAACUGCUAAUUCAACUAUUGUAAAUGCUAUUGUAUUGUUCUGCAUAUUAUGUUGUUUCUAAUAGAGUUUUUUUUUAAAAAAGGGAAAAAAUAAGCUCUCUUCUCAUUUUUUGGGGUUUCCUUCCACUUUUUACACCUACACAAACCCUCACCCAAUUUCCCAGUUUGGUCUGCCUUGUUCAAAAUGCCUCACCCUGGAUGGCCUGUCCCUCUGCAUUUGUAAUCCUUUUCAACUAGGUUAGCUACUCUGAAAGGGAACCUCGACAUCUUGCAGCUCCGAUUCCAACCGUCACUCUUUUAAUCACGUAACACACCUGACACGUUUCUUCACUUCUGUACCACACUCAACUUGGCUCUGGAAGGAUGACCGCAAAUAAUAAAAGAUAUACUGUACAUACAGUAUAUUAGGGGUGUGACAAUAUAUCGAAAUGCUGAUGUAUCACGAUCUCAAAAGUGCGCUCUUGCAAAGAACCGAUACACCAUUUUAAAAAGGAACCAACAGAUUGCUACCUAAUUCUUCCACUAGAAUGGUGUCUGUGUUAGCGGUGUUAGCCAAUCCAAUUUGACCGUCAGUGGCACUGAAACGGCAUUCGCAGCCAGUUUUCCAGAUUUAGGCGGGGUGGGGCAUUUGAAGGUCACGUCGUUUUCAUUUUAGGACAUUUACAGGUUACUACUCAUUGAUUUUUGAGUCACUUCCAAAUUCAUUGUGGGACAUUAUCUGGUCACAUCCUGUUCAUGAAGCCAAAAUCAACAGGAAAUGACCCAUAAAUGCCCCAAAACCAAAGGCAAGUGACCAAAAAUCCAUUUAUUGUACAGUGUUAUGAAAAAGUCUCUGAACCUUUUGACAUUUCUCCAUAAAAUCACCAUCAAAUGUGACCUUUGUCAAAAUCACACUGAUGAAAAAACAGUGGCUGCUUUAACUAAAACCACCCAAACAUUUAUAGGUUUUCAUAUUUUAAUGAGGAUAGUAUGAAAACAAUGAGAGAAGAGGGAAAAAUAAGUGAACUAUAUCAUUUAAUAUUUUGUGGCCCCCUCUUUGGCAGCAAUAACAACCAGAUGCUUCCUGUAGCUGCAGAUCAGUCUGGCACAUCGAUUAGGACUAAUCUUGGCCCAUUAUUCUCUGCAAAGCUGCUGUAGUUCAGAUUCCGGGGAUGAAUUGUUGUCCUUCGGUCAUGCUACAGCAUCUUUAUGGGUUUGAAGUCUGGACUUUGACUUGGCCACUCCAGAAGGUGUAUUUUGUUCUUCUGAAACCGUCCUGAAGUUGAUUUACUGCUGUGUUUUGGAUCAUUGUGUUGUUGCAGCAUCCAGCUUCAACUGUCUGACAGACGCCCUCAGGUUUUCAAGCAAAACAUCCUGACAAACUUUUGAAUUCAUUCUUCCAUUAAUGAUUGCAAGUUGUCCAGGCCAAGAGAGAGCAAACCGCCCCAAAUCAUGAUGCUCCUUCAACCAUGCUUCACUGUGGAGAUGAAGUGUUGAUGUUGGUGAGCUGUUCCAUUUUUCCUCCACACAUGACGUUGUGUGUUAUUCCCAAACAAUUCAACUUUGGUUUCAUCAGUACACAAAAUAUUUUGCCAAAAUUUCUGUGGAGUGUGCAAGUGCCUUUUUGCGAACAUUAAACGAGCAACAAUGUUUUUUUUAGACAGAGUCCUCCCAUGAACACCAUUCUUUGCCAUAGUUUUACAUAUAGUUGACGUGUGCACAGAGAUAUUGGACUAUGCCAGUGAUUUCUCGAAGUCUUUAGCAGACACUCUAGGGUUCUUUUUCUACCUCUCUGAGUAUUCUGCGCUGAACUCAUCUUUGGUGGAAGGACACUCCUUGGGAGAGAAGCAACAGUGCCAAACACUCUCUCCAUUUGUAGGCAAUUUCUCUGACUGUCGAUUGAUGAACAUUCAGACUUUUAGAGAUGGUUCUGUAUCCUUUCCCAGCUUUAUACAAAUGAACAGUCCUCAACGCAGGUCUUCAGACAGCUCUUUUGACCGAGCCACGAUCCACAUCAGACAAUGCUCUCAACACAUUUCUUACCAGGUGUGUGUUUUACAGGGGGCAGGACAGCUUUAAACCACUCAUGGGUGAUUGAGCACACACCUUACUUAAAUUGUUUGGUGAUUCUGUAGUUUGCAUAAUAUCCUCAUUAAAAUAUGAAAACCUAUAAAUGUGUGGGUGGUUGCAGUUCAAGCAGACACUGUUUUUACAUCUGUGUGAUUGACAAAGUCACAUUUGAUGGUGAUUUUAUGCAGAAAUGUGAGAAAUUCCAAAAGGUUGAGAUACUUUUUCAUACCACUGUAUAUUGUAGAAUGAUUUCCUGACCGAUGGACUCGGUCCAUUGUUGUAUCGCCCUAUCAUGAGAUCAUCGUUAUUGUGAGCCUAGUAACGUAUGGUUCCCAACCCUUAUAUACAUAUAUUGUAUCAAUAAUCCAUUUUAUAACAUUACAACUACCAAAUUUUAAAACUCUGAAAACUCUAAUGAAAAAAAAUGUAAACAUGAAAAAUUAUGACUUUAUUCUCCUAAGAAAACUUACUAUAAAUGCAACAAUAAUUCCUUGUUGCCUUUAGUAUUCCAGUGAAUACUUCUCAUCAGAUGCCAUUGACAGCAAAAGAUGUCCAAUCCGUUUGAAUGGCGUACUGCAAGCAACACGUCACUUUUGCUCAUUAAUAUUCAAUGACGUUAGCAAUUGUGGCUAGGCGGGUCAACCUCCCGUUUGUCCCUAAUAGUAAAUGAAUGGAAAUAGUGUACGAACGACAUGUUUACUGAGCUAAACCUACCAAUUCUGUCUGAAAAAUGAUGUCCCUGGUGCCAAAUUCAAUGGUAAAGAUGUGGAAGAGCAUACAAAUGUUCAGUUAAAGAGAUGGCUUGAGUGUCGAGGGCUGGAAAAAGACGAGCCGACCUGAUCCAGAGUUUUUUUAUUGACAGCUUUUUCUUGUUGAAAAAGGAGAAUGUCACUGUCAGUGGAGUAAGGCAAUGCACACAAGCGAUCCUUUACCAUCAUAUGCCCAGUCUUCCUUAUAUAUUAUAUCUUCUGGUUGUCUUACGUCUCUGACUGUUCGUGGGGGCAAUUUACAUUGCUAUUUUUAUGUACUGAUCACAAAUGCUAUUCGGUGACUGCCAAAGAACACUUUUAAUUUUUUCAUUAAUAACAAAUCUUAAUUCUAUCACUUAUUUACACUUCCCCCUUAUUAAAGUAAUUUUUUUUACAACAGAAAAGGUAGCAGUGGCAGUCACAUACCAUUUUAAUAUUAUUUUUUAGGUCAUUCAUUGUCAGACAGAAGCAGCACGGCAAAACGCCAUGCUAAAAAGUAAGUAAAAAUAUCCAAAUGGCUUACCUCUUCGUCCUCUGAACGACCAUGGCCCCCAACAAAAUGUUUACUGCAUAUGAAAUGUGAAUGGCUUCACCUUGCUGGUGUUCAACUGGUCUUUUGGACGUCCGCGCAAGUUGAUCCAUUCUUCACAUUUUUUCUUCCGAGUUUUUUGGUUUUCGUUAUGAAGAAAACAUCCUUUAUAUGUCUAGAGUCAUUUCUACAAGUUCCAUAGCAGCAGUGUUUGAUCGGCAUGUUCUUUUUUGAAAGAUUACCGGAGAAAACCAGCAGAAAUAACAUGGAUUGUAUGCGAGGCUGUGUCAGUAAUGUCCCACUUACGCAUUACGAUGGCGACGUCGUGGUCUAAAAAUAACUUUCAUUAUUAGGAGUGAUCAUUCACAUUGAGUUCGCUACAUUUAUGAAAGUGUUUUUUAAAAAAAAAUGAGAACAACAUACAAAAAUCUAGAAAAAUCUAUUUACGAAAAAAUACUACUCAAAGAAUUCAAAAAAAAAAAGAUUUAAAAAAAAAUCACAAAAUUAGGACUACAGUACUUUUCCGGCAGAAAAAACUAUUAUCUUAAAAUGAUUGUUGUUUUCUCACUUGAGAGAAGACAGAGAAAAAAAUAUUUUGGAGAGAUGGUCUGUUAAAAAAAAAAAAAAAAAAAAGCAUUUUCCCCAUAAAAGAAAUUAAACUAAAAAAAAUCCAUAUACUUCCCGACCAAAACAUAAAAUCAUUUUCAUGUAUCUAUAAGUGUGUUUGCAUGUGCUUUGAAGCACUUUAAACAUGACACAUUUUUAAAUAACCACUUUAUGUUGUCAUAACCCCCGCUGCUUUAAGUGCCAUCCGAAAUCUAUUCUUAAUUUAAAAAAAAAAAAAAAUCCCAUUCAAAUAACAAAACGCGUGUGUUUGUAUAUUGACGGAGACGGUUUUUCUUCCCCUUUUUUUCUUCCCGUGGCGACUUUGCCAUCCCGCUGCCUUCAAAAUCUUUUCAUUAUUUCUGAAUACACACAUUUCUUUUGGAAUGUCCAAACAGCGCUGCACGGAAGCAGAGGAGACAAGAGAGAAAAGGCCGUGUUGGAGCACCCCCUGUGGGCAGACUGCGGUAGAGCAACUCCUACUUUACACAAGUCACUCAAAUAAAACACGUCAGUCAUUAUCGUAAUGUAUAAACAUUGAGCCAUUGUAUUCCUGUUGUGAAGUAAUGAAUUUAGCCAGUGAAAUUCUUAAUGAAACACCAAAUUACAAGCAUGAAAAGUGACAUUAACGGCAUAUUUUAAAUGAGCUUUUUGUGAGAAAUGAACUGAUUGGUUAGUAGUGACGCCAAUAGGCGUCCCCAGUUCAAAUAAAUUGAGGAUGAAAAAAAGCAACGUGAUUAGAUGCCAAUUAUCGGCAGUGAAAGUAUGUAUUUUAUUUUAGAAUUUUUUUUCAGGCGCAUAUUAACAACUUUUUAUGAUAGUUCAAUGCAAUACGCCUCCGUAAAUUCACUAUUCAUGGCUCGUGACACACUUUUCUCUUGAUCCGUCUGACUCCAAAUGGAAUCAAAUCUUUGAAUAACAUCGAAUGAAUAUUUCCCGAAAACGUCUUUGGGCCCGUGAACGUCACACAUCGCUGACCUACAUUUCUCAAAGGAGUUGGCGACGCUUUCAAAAAUGAUUUUGAGACGCAGUUUUUUAUUUCGGAGGAUUCUCGUCGUGUAUGAAGUGGUUUUCGUUUGACAUUGAACGCAUCUUUUGAUAACGUGCUCGUAUUCAAAGCGCUGUGCGAUCGGGGGUUACGUGAUUGGAUAUUGCUGAUUCAUAAAUUCGGCCAAAGUAAUUGCGCCCUUUAAGAUUUAAUAAUAAUAAAGGUUCAAUUAUGUUUAUUACGAUGAAGAUUCGUUAUUUGCCCUCUCAGAAAUAUGAUAGUGAAGAAACAAAUUUGUAUCAUCCUUAACAUUACAGUUGGACAGCAAGUGACUAUUUUUGGUAAUCAAUUUUAUUUGUGUGUGUGUGCGUGCGUGCGUGCGUGCGUGCGUGUUAGGACUUUCAAACAUUUAUAGUGCAAGUGACUUUUUUUUUGUCAUUUAAAAAAACAAAUAUUAAAUAUUAUGAUAAUAAUACCUGUAUUUUCAAUUAUUGAUCAUGAUCGUGUAUUCAAAUUAUUUUUGUGAUUGUAAAUACAUGUAUAAGUUAAUACAAUGCUACUCGGUGACUGCCAAAGAACACUUUUAAUUUUUUCAUUAAUAACAAAUCUUAAUUCUAUCACUUAUUUACACUUCCCCCUUACUAAAGUUAUUUUUUUUUACAACAGAAAAGGUAGCAGUGGCAGUCACAUACCAUUUUAAUAUUAUUUUUCAGGUCAUUCAUUGUCAGACAGAAGCAGCAUGGCAAAACGCCAUGCUAAAAAGUAAGUAAAAAUAUCCAAAUGGCUUACCUCUUCGUCCUCUGAACGACCAUGGCCCCCAACAAAAUGUUUAGUUGGUUAGUAGUGACGCCAAUAGGCGUCCCCAGUUCAAAUAAAUUGAGGAUGAAAAAAAGCAACGUGAUUAGAUGCCAAUUAUCGGCAGUGAAAGUAUGUAUUUUAUUUUAGAUUUUUUUUUCAGGCGCAUAUUAACAACUUUUUAUGAUAGUUCAAUGCAAUACGCCUCCGUAAAUUCACUAUUCAUGGCUCGUGACACACUUAAAAAAACUAAUAAAAACUAAUGACAUUAAGAUGAAUAGAAACAGAAAUACACACUGGUUACAGCCCCUAGUAAGACUCUAAAGUUGAUUUUUCUUUUUCAUAGUAUUUAACUCAUUGCACGUCAUUGAUGGCGAGAGAUGUACAAUUCAUAUAAACGGGGAAGACAAGCUGGGAAUGCUCAUGUUUCAGCGCCAUUGACGGCGCUAGAUGUCCAAUCCAUAUUGACUGGGAGGGGUGAAUGAACGUUCCUCCCAGUCUAAAUGGAUAGGACGUCUAGUGCUGUCAAUGGCUGCUAU